CUUUUUCAAUAUAAAUCAACAUUCUCCGCCAUCUAUUUUUUCAAUUCCAUUUGAAUUUUAAUUUUCCUUGCUAAAAAAUUAUGGCAAAUCUUCCCCGCAUUGGCCGUACACGCCAACGUCCUUCUGCGGUGGCGCCGCCACUUCUCGCCGCCGUACAGCCUACUGCGGAACCGAAGCCUGAAAUUUCGCCGUUUGCUCCGACGAGUAUCCAAACUCAACCUAUAGAACCCACCACGCCGGCGCCGGCUUCUCCUCUGAGACAAUCCCCUCGCCUGAUUACCUCUCCGCCGAAGAAAGCCACGUCACCCUUUGCGUCGCCAAAAUAUGGAGAUUCUCUCACACGUGUGGACAGCCCGCCGGCGGCAAAGGCCACACGGUCGCCUCCGGAUUCGCCUACAAAUAAAUAUUUGGAGACGAGGAAUGGGGAAACAACCCCACCUCUGUCACCGGCCAAGUCCCGGCGAACCAAGACGCCGCCGCUUUCUCCUCUUACUCUGCCACGUACCCCAGUGAUAUCCUGGGAUGAAACUACUGCUUUACCCAGGACUCAACCGGUGGUGGAGACGAAAGGCAUUGUGUACAACAAGGCCGUUGAGAAGCCGACAAAGACUGAUCGGCCGUCGGAGUACGGCUCCGGCAAGCCACACCAAAAGCAGCAGGCGACGGCAGAGGUCAUAAAUCUCAAUGGACAUAACGUCGGCGCCGUCAUGGAAAUAAAUAAGUCAUCCGACGGCUAUCGUUUGGGCGGAGAAACCGUAAAAAAUAAGGAAACAAAAGGCGGCGGCGUCCACCAUGGACAUAAAGAGAAGAACAAGGGAGCAAAGAUAGUACCGCCGGUGACAGCAUUUAUGAACACUAACUUUCAGAGUAUAAACAAUUCGAUUCUGUACGACUCGUCGUGCAACCACCAUGAUCCCGGCCUGCAUCUCUCGCUUCCCGAAUCAGUGGAUGGCGACGGAGCCACUGUUUACGGCCAUAAGAGUUACAAGCCCAAUCGCCAGUGAGGAUGGACGGAGAAGUACUAUUUUAAUUACAUGAAAUAAGCCAAUUAUGGGAUGUAUGGAUAAAUAUAUAAGAUUUAAUAAAAUAUAUAUUAUGAGAAAUUUCCCUUAAAA